AUGGGCAAGAAGGCCGCUCCUCCUCCACCGCCUCCUGCACCCGCAGCCGACAAGCCCAAGCCUCGCAGGAAGGCCCCAGUCGGCAUCGUCAAGUCGGGCAACUCGUCCACCUCGACCAAGCCUGCCCUCGCACCAGGCGAGACGCCCCCUCCUCCUCCCCUCUUUCCCAUCGGCUACAAGACGCCCAUCUCGCUCCUCCAAGAGCGCUGCCAGAAGGCCGGCUGGGAGCGCCCGUUCGUCGACCCCAAGCAGGGCACGACCCCCGGAACCUGGACGGCCAGCGUCACCCUGCGCCGCAAGCACCCGAAAAAGCCCGGCGAGCUCGAGACGGUCUACAUGAGGCCGCCGCCGCCGCCGUCGCAGAUCGCCGUCGAGAAGCACAACGCCAUGGAGGCCAAGCACUGGGUCGCCGUCUACGCCCUGUUCCGCAUCGCCAACAACCUGCGCCUCAACAUGCAGCUCCCGCCGGCGACUCGCGAGUACUGGGCCGCCCUCGAGAAGGAAAAGGCCGCGUCGACGCCCAACAAGCAGUGGCUGUGGUCGACGACGCCGUUCGAGACGGCCGCCGCAGCUCCUCCACUGCCAUCCGCCGCCACUGCAGCCGCAGCACCCGCCGGCAGCAACGGCUCGACCUCGACCCGCCAGCCUCGCAACGGCUCGCCCCUCGUCAACCUGUCGUCUUCCUCGACCCCGUCCACCUCUCGCUCGUCCACCCCGACGCCGCUCCCCAAGUCGUGGGCCGAGGCGCCCGAGGUGCGCAUGCCCUCGGCUCUGCGCGACCUCGUCGAGCGCACCAUCCGCGACGCCCUCCCCAACCUCGCCUCGCUCGAGCUCGACGGCGCCAGCACCGCCGUCGACGACCACGCCGCCGAGCCGGACGACGGCACGGGCGCGGGCUCGGGCCCCGGCUCGGGCGCCGCGACGCCGACGCGCUCGCCCGCCGAGGCGGCCCUCGAAGCCGAGUUCACCUCGCUCGGGUUCCGCCGCGGGCACGUCCUGCGUGCGCUCGCGUACGUGCGCAGCGGCUCGUCCUCGUCCUCAUCCUCGAGCGCCGCAGUGGCGCCGCCGAGCCGCAACGACGUCCUCGCGCACCUGCACCUCCUCGUGCCCGAGUCGGACCUGCCCGCCGCGUUCCGGGACGCGCGCCCCGCCGACGCGACGAUCCGCAACGCGACGAGCCGCGAUGCGGGCGAGCUCGGGCGCAUGUGGCAGGCCGAGCGGGUCGCGAGGGAGGUCGGCGCGCCGGUCGAGUGGGUGCGGCGCGAGCUCGAGGGCGCGAGGGAGGCGGCGGGCGAGGGGGCGCGAGACGACGAGCUCGAGGGUAUGGUCGUCGACGUGCUCGCGCGGCGGCUCAUGGACGUGCCGCUCGACGCCGACGAGGACGAGCGCGACAAGCUCGGCGAGGACGCGCUCCGGGCGUCGUGGGGCGGGUCGGGCGGCGCGGGCCCGUCGAGGCUCUCGCAGGAGGAGAAGGACGAGCUGCGACAGCGGCGCGACGACGAGCUGCUCGGGCUCGAGGGCCUGUUCGGCUCGCGGUUCCGCCGCAGCAAGGACGGCGUCGAGAUCGCCGUCCCGCACAAGGGCGACCGCGUCUCGCUCCGCGUCCUGUUCCACCCGUCGUCGUCGUACCCGUCGCCGCACUCGCCGCCCGGCCCGGCUGCCCUCCCCUCCUUCUUCAUCGCCUCGCCGACGCUGCCUCCCUACAUCCGCCUGCACCUCCACACGCUCCUCGCGACCCAGUUCCGCCCCUCGGUCGCCCAGGACGGCUCGGCGUGGCUCGACCUCGCCGAGGCGGGCUACGGCGGCGUCGUCGGCGAGAUGGUGUCGUUCCUCGAGCAGCGCGUCCGCUCGGCGGUCGAGCACCCGCCCGACGCGCGCGAGGUCAUGGACCGCCUCGUGCCGCCCGCGCAGCGCCCGAGCGCGUCGUCGCUCGCGGCGGGCGGCGAGGGCGCGAGGAGGGUCACCAAGACGCAGCAGGCGCAGCGGCGAGGAGGGCCCAAGCGCCUGCGUGCGAGCCCGGAGCAGCAGGAGGCGGUCAAGCGCGCGCACGAGGAGCUCUGUCGCACCGAGGGGUACCGCCGCAUGCUCGAGGGGAGGAAACGCCUCCCGGCGUGGAGCAUGCGCGACAAGAUCGUCGACCUCAUCCGCAACGAGCGCGUCGUCAUCGUCUGCGGCGAGACUGGCUCCGGCAAGACGACCCAGGUCCCGGCGUUCGUCCUCGAGGACGCCAUCAUGCGCUGCGAGGGUGCGACGACCUCGAUCGUCGUCACGCAGCCUCGCCGUGUCAGCGCCAUCGGCGUCGCCUCUCGUGUCGCCGCCGAGCGCUGCGAGGACCUGUCGCCGUCGGGCCAGCCGCUCGCGUCCAACCUCGUCGGGUACGCGAUCCGCGGCGAGCGCCGAGCAGGUCCGGGCACGAGGGCCCUCUUCUGCACGACCGGCGUCGUGCUCGCUCGGCUUGGACGAGGCGGCGACCCGGACCUGCAGGGCGUGUCGCACAUCUUCAUCGACGAGGUGCACGAGCGCAGCGUCGACUCGGACUUUCUCCUCCUCGAGCUGCGCGACAUCCUCCGACGCAACCCGACCAUCAAGGUCAUCCUCAUGUCGGCCACGAUCAACCAGAAGCAGUUUUCCGACUACUUUGGCGGCGCGCCCGUCAUCGAGAUUCCCGGCUUCACGCACCCGGUCGAGGACUUUUACCUCGAGGAGUACUUGCCGUCCCUGCUGUCGAGCAACGCCUACAAGCCGUCGGGCAAGCCGGCGCGCAAGGCGACGCAGGCCCAGCUCGACCGCAUGCGCACCAGCUUCAUCGAUCGCGGCGUCAGCGGCAACGACGUCCGGGCUCUGCAAGCCCUCGAGCUCGCCGUGCGCGCCGACAAGAUCGACUUUGGCCUAGUCGGCGCCACCGUCGCGCACUGCCUCGACAUGUCGCGCGACAUCGGCGGCGACGUCCUUGUCUUCAUGACCGGCGUCCUCGAGAUCACGCGAGCCAUCGAGGCGAUCCGUGCGGCGGUCCCAGGGUCGCAGCUCUCGUCGCUCCUCGUCCUCCCGCUUCACGCCAACCUCACGUCGCAAGAGCAGACGUCCGUCUUUCGCCCGACGCCGCGCGGCAUGCGCAAGAUCGUCGUCGCGACCAACGUCGCCGAGACGUCCAUCACGAUCGACGGCAUCAUCUACGUCGUCGACUGCGGGCGCGCCAAGGUCAACGCGUUCGACCCCGAGACGGGCAUCACCAAGCUCCAGGAGGAGUGGACGUCGCGAGCAGGGUGUCGGCAGAGGCGCGGUCGCGCCGGUCGCACUCGUCCCGGCCAAUGCUUCAAGCUCUUCACGCACUAUACCGAGGAGAACGUCAUGCAGCCUCAGCCGACGCCCGAGAUCCAGCGCACCCCGCUCGAGGCGCUCCUCCUCCAGAUCAAGUCGACCCGGCCGACAGCCGACGUGCGCGACUACCUCGGCAAGGCGCUCGACCCGCCCGACGUGCGCGCGAUCGAGAGCGCGUGGGCUACGCUCAAGAUGCUCGGCGCCGUGCAGAGCGACGGCGGCGAGGGCGUCAAGGGCGAGGGCCUGAGCGCGAGGUUGACGCCGCUCGGCAUGCACCUCGCCAUGAUCCCGAUGCUCGUCCUCGCCGCCGUCUUCCGCUGUCUCGACCCGAUCCUCACGAUCGUCGCCAUCCUGUCGAGCAAGCCCUUCUUCCUCAACCCGUUCGAGCAGCGCAACCAGGCCAAGAAGGCCCGCUCGGCGUUCUACACGGGCAAGUCGGACCUCCUGAGCGACGCAAAGGCAUUCGACACGUGCAUGGCGGUGCGCAAAGACGGCCACGCGGCGCUGCGCAACUUUACCCAGGACAACUUUAUCUCGUCGUCGACGUUCCGCGACGUCCUGUCGCUGCGCACCGACUACCUGUCGGCGCUGUCCUCGGUCGGCUUUGUCCCGCUCCGGGUCCGGCCCGACGACGCCGUGUUCAACACCAACAGCGACAACGAGAACCUGCUCAAGGCCAUCAUCUUUGCCGGCACGGCGAGGCUCGUGCGCGUCAAGCUGCCCAAGGCCGUGUUCGACAAGGGCAUCUCGGGCGCCAUCGAGCGCGAGCGCGAGAGCCGCGAGGUCAAGUUCUACGAGCCUGAAGGCCGCGUCUUCCUCCACCCUGGGUCGCUCCUGUUCGAGGAGAACAAGUUCGCGUCGCCAUUCAUCACGUUCUUCAACAAGCAGGUCACGACCAAGCCCUUCCUGCGCGACGCCAACGAGGUCCCGCUCUACGCGCUCCUCCUCUUCUCGUCGGGCCGCAUCUCGAUGGAGCUCGACCGCGGCGUGACGGUGCACCUCGGCGCCAAGCAGGAGCAGUGGGUCCACCUGCGCGCGUGGCCCAGGAUCGGCGUCCUCGUCAACGGCCUGCGCAAGCUGUUUGACGGCGAGCUCGAGGCCGAGCUCGAGGAACCCGGCUUUGGCGGUCCCGUGUCGCCUGCGGUCGAGACGAUGCUCGAGUUGAUUUCGCGCGACGGCGGCUUGCGGUAG